GCUCAGAAUAGUUCCAGAUGUGGCCAUGUUUAGUUUCGAUCUCCGAAGUUUUGCGCUCAUCGUCAUAUAAACCGCUACAUUUUUAUACUGACUGCUGAAAGAGUAAAUAAUACGCAUCUGUCCGACCGAUCUCGUACUCUUCGUCUUUGCCUGCGACUCAUUUAUUCGCUGCAUCCACAUGCUGUUUUAACGCCCUUGCCGAGAGAUCCGAACGACGCAGAGACGCGAACGAACGAACGAAAUAGAAAGACGGGGAGAGAGAGAGAGAGAGAGAAAGAGAGACAUUUUGUUUGUCGUCGCGUUUGACCGUCGCUCCGCCGAUCUCGUCCCGACGGGACGUCGGAGCAACGCCGAAUCCGUGACACCUUUGGAUUCUUCGAGAUCGCGAGAUUUUUCGUUCUCCCGUAUCUCUCGUUCGUCCCGUACGUUCUUCAUUCUCUCGGCAAGAGUCGCGAAGCAUCGCAAAAAUCCGCUCCGUCGUUCCCUAUCUCUGUUGCUCUCGGGAUAUUGAAAUUGAACGUUCGUCGUUAUUUGGAGAAAGAGAGAAAGGAAAGAGAGAGAAUCAACGUCAUUGUCGUAUAAAAGAGAAUCGUGUCUCCGUACGGUUAAAAUCGCAGAAGUGAAAGCAUCGUUUAUUUUCGGGGAAGGGGGUGAAAAAGAACUUUUCGUCUCCGAGAGAAAGAGCCGCUUUCUUUUUCUUUCUCUCGAUCCCUUUUUUUCCCCCCCCUCGCCCCUCUUCCUCCGCCGCGCCCACGCCCCUCUUCUUUUUGUCUCAUUUUCCGGCGGGUUUUCGACGACGAGUACGCACGCGCGAGCGCGUUCUCAUUUUCAGCGCGUCGCACUUCCGUUUCGGGCACGUCGCGCGCGCAACGACGUCACACUCAGACACACAAAGCGGACGCCGGCGGGGGGCAAGGCAGACAGGCAGGCAAGCAAGCCGCAGAGGCAGACAGGGUGGGUAGGUAAAAAGAUAAUCGCUUCGGGAGAGAGACGCCCACAACGAUCGCUGGGUCAACCGUAUGCCACGUCAGCCAGAAUGACGUCGUUCUCGCGACGACGAGAAAAGGAGGCUCGUGCGAUCUGACGGUACUCCAAUUUUCCACGCGCGACACAUUGGUCGAGAGAGAAAGAGAGACCCACGCGAGGGGACGAACAAUAUCGCUAGUGAAAACAAAAAAAAAAACGAAAAAAAAAAAGGGAGAUCGGUAUCCCGUAUCUUCGAUGAGAAGGCGAGAGAAAGGGAGGAGACCGAGGGUAGAAAAGCCAGCCGAGAAAAGUGCACAGUAUAUAUCCGCGUUUAUUCAGUUUGUAAGAGAAAAGACUUCUGCGAAAAGCUUGCCUGUCUCUAAACGUUUUUCAAGUCCGAACUUGUCAAUAAUAUUCGCGAAAGUCUUUGUGAAAGAUGAAAAUGUAACAAAGUAAUCCCCCGUAGAGACAGAGCAAAGAGAAGAGAGGACGCGUGAGUCUUCGGUGACAUAAAAUAUCGUUUUUGAGAAAAAGAGAGAGAGAGAGAGAGAGAGAAAGAAAGAGAGAUAGAGAUAGAGAUACGACGGAGAAAGGGAGAAAGAAAGACAAAAUAGUUUCUUUUCCAGUUCCAUAUGUGGAGCGCUUAUUAAGCUCUCCCAAAUGCUAGCAUUCGGUCGACGCGAUUAUUCCGUCAGAGCAAAGACCUGUCGAGUGUGGUCGGGCAAAUCGAUCGUAUGAUCCGCCGUCUCGGCCGAUCGGACGGCCGCAGUGCUGAUAUAGGAAAUUCGGUACUUCACUCCGGGGUACCAUCGAGAGCUCAUACGCACACAGAUCGAGACUCGAUCUGCGGAACCAAAAGCGAAAAUGGCAGUAGAGAGUGUUUCCGCGGCUGAGACUCUGAUCCAAAGCAACAACGAUAACGAUUUAGAAGAUGGAGAAAUUCCAUCAGACGAAGAUGAUGAACCAAUUAUCUGUGCAACAAUUGAGGCACCAGUGGAGGUUGCCAAGCCACCACCUAAGCCAGAUACUGCAAAAAAUAAGAAUUUUGAUGCAAAGUUCAACAAGAACAAAAAAUCACAAGCUGCGCAAGCAGCUGGUAAGCAUGAUCGAUUUUUGAAAUAUAAGGGACCGACUGAAGACUGGGCUGGAGAUGUCGAAAAAGCUAUUAAAGCUGCGAUGGAAGAGGAUGGAGGAAAGAGUCAAGAAUCCAAGCCAAAAAGCAAAAACAACAGAAAUAAAGUUAGGAAAAGAAUGCGCGAUGAGAGGGAAGAGGAUCGUGGUAAAGACCAGAAGAAACGAAAACUGAGCGAUGAUGAAAACACAAAUGAGGAUGAAGACGAAAUGCUGUUUGUACGAGGAGCUUCGCCCAUCAGGAAGGAUUCUCAAGAGAAUAAUUCUCCCAGGCGUACAAAUGAGCAUGAGAGUUUUGACAACAAUUCAGAUUAUGAGGAAAGACCCAACAUAAAUCGACAUAGAGAAAAUGACAGCAAACGCGGCACUGGACGUGGAGGAGGAGGAGGGCGUCGUGGUGGCAAGAACGAACGUGGUAAGAACAAGACCCGGGGUCAAGCUCGAAAUGAUCGAAAUAAUCGUCGUCAGCAGAACAACGAUCACGGGCAAGAUCAAUCGGACACAAUUUGCGUAUAUUAUAUGCAAGGAAAGUGUCACAGGGGGGAUGAUUGUCCAUACUCGCACAAUGCUUUGCCACCUAGAAAGAUGGAAUUGUGCAAGUUCUACCUUAUGGAUUGUUGUGCAAAACGAGACAAGUGCCUCUAUAUGCAUCAUGAUUUUCCUUGCAAGUUCUUCCACACAGGUUUAAAGUGCAGUCAGGGUGACAAUUGUAAAUUUUCUCAUCAGCCUUUAAACGAACAGAUAAAAGGUAUUCUUUUAAAACAUUUGGAAACUGCACCAAAGGAAAUUCUUGGUGAUUUUCCAAGGUUGAGCAGAGAAGGUGCAGUGUUAAUGAUAAAUAAUACUGCACGUUCUCUAGCUCAAGGCCAAGAUACAACAAAUCAAAAGAUUCCUAGUCUCUUCGAAUUGAAUUUAUCAGUACCUGUAGAAAAGGCUGAUGAAAGAGAAGAGAAAGAAGAACAAAUAAAUCAGCAAAAAACUAAUGUGAGGGAAAGAAAGCCUUCUGGAAAAAAGACGCGAUGGGGAUCAGAUGAGGACAGAGUUCCUUACGAGCAGAUUAUGCUAAUGCAGUCAGCAAAUGAACUUGGACUUCAACUUCCGAACGCGGCAUUAGGUUUAGCUACUCAACAGACACAAAUUGCUGCACCGCCUGUAGAUUUCUAUAGCGAAAGAACUGCAGAAUCAAACAAAACUCUUGAAAAAACAAAAGAAGAUCAUCUGAAGACUGUAGAAGAAACAAAUAUAUCAGAUGAGUUGAGAAAGAGGAAAGAUAUUGACUUGAGGCAGUUAUUAAAUGCAAAGAAACCGCCACCACUUGUCUAUAGUAUAGCCGAUAAAGUAGCAAGUCUUACUAAAAAUAAACUCGAUGACGAAAGUGAUCAAGAUGAGGAAUCGGAACUCGUUAUCGAAGUGCCAACUGAAGAUGAGGAUAAGGAAAGGGGAAAGCUCCACAGUAGCGAACAAAGUGAACAUCUCAUUUCUUCAUGUAUAGAAGUUCACGAAACAAUGCCGCCUCGCUUACCAAAAAAGGCGCAAGAAUUGUUUAUGCGAAUACAGCAGCAACAACGCGCGGCUCAAGACAGUUUGAAAAACAUGGAUAACGAUUCCGAUGCACCUAAUACCGAUCAAAUAAUCGAAGAUUGGUAUUCGGAUGACGAAGACGACGAUGACGAUGACGAUGAGGGAGGUAAUCUUACCAUAGUGGAUAGUUUGAAAGACGAAAUUGAAUCCAUCGAGAAGACUCAGAAUGUUGUUAUCAAAGAGAACUUCCAAUCUGCGACAUCUAUAUCCAAUGUACCUCAACCGGCCGCUAUUGUGGACAAACUAGGUGACCUAAGCAAGAUUGAUAUCAGUGCCGAGGUAUCUAAGUUGCUCUCUACUCUAAAGGCUCAGAGUUCCACGAACAACAAGACGCAGCAAGCGGCAAACUCAAAUCAAGAUGCGUCGAAAAUUAAAUCAAUGCAAGAUAUAAAGACGGAUAGCGAGACAUCGUCAAGUCCGAGGCGGUCACCAGGUCCGAGUUCAUCAACAAUGUCUGUAUCCAGGGAUCCACGAAUGUCUCGGGAUCCCAGGCAACGUCGAGAAAUUGAGCAAAAACCGAGCAGCCCUAGCAUAUCUUCUGAUGUGAAGAGAGAGCAAAAGCCCCUCAGGCUAGAAACGAGCAUCUACAGUUCCGGUAUCACCGCGGUAGACGCUAACAUGGACACCGAUCUUCGCACGAGAGCGGAUCAAGAUCUCAGACGACAAGACAUGGAUUUUCGACAGCGUUUCCAGUCUGGUGAUUUUGGUGACACAGAUCUGCGUGUCAAAUCCGAUGUGGAUCUGCGGCAGAUACUGAGUCUACCGUUCAAACCGGCACCUGCGCAUAUACCAUGCACUGAGAUCGACGCAAGUAUUGCGUCGCAUCCACCGAUGGCAUACAAAGUCUAUGUAGUCGAUAUACCCAGACCGGAUUACACUGGCCUCAAGCUAACGAAGAAUGAUGCACAGGUCAAAUAUGAUCCGCGCCUCCGCAAGAUCUUCCGUAUCACCAAGCCCGAGCAACUAGCCGACUCGCCAAUGUCACCACCGCCACAGAUGAAACAGGAGAUACCGAAAUCGCCGCCGCAAUGUAUUCGCUCAGAUCCACGACGGAAAACUCUCGAAGCAGCAGCUUCCAAUCAACAAUCCUCGCAAAAUGCGACCAAUGCUGCAAUGAUGGCUAAAGGGAUGCAGCCAAUGGAGACAAUAGGAUCCAACAUCGGUCUCGGUCCCGCCAGCAUGCAAGUGAGACCUGGUAUGCCUGGUGGUCCAUUACCCGGCGGCAUUCCGGGUCCACCUCAAAAUAUGAUAGGUCCAAUAGGUCCAAACCAUCCAAUGAAUAUGGGUAACAUGGGUCCAAUGAGACCUAUGAUGAACGCUGGACCGAUGCCGCCACAGAAUAUACCGUCCAUGGGCAUGCCACACGGUCCGUCGAUGGGUAUGAAUGGACCUCCGAUGCCGCCCCAAGGUCAGAUGAAUUUCGAUCCACGUUUCAACGCGCAGCGUAACAAUGGAGCCGGACUGUUGGGCCCUGGGCCAGGUAACUUCGGACCGGAUAAUUACGAAGGAGGGGGGCCGCCUUAUCCUUGCGGUGGCAAUUUCAAUAAUUUUGGAGGACCUAAUGGCGCUAGCAGUGAUCCGUUCGGUCCAAAUGGAUCAAAUGGACCCAAUUUUGGUCCGAUGAAUAGUGACGAUUGGGGGGGCAGUAGACAGCGCGGCGGCCGUGUUCGCCGAAGAAAUCGCAGUAGGACCAAUAUGGUGACCAAUAAUUAAAAGAUAUAUAGGGAAAAUAGAUUGUGAACACCUUUCAUUAUAAUUCUCACAAGCGAUAAAAUCGCGUGUGUAUAUAUGCGUGCAUGUAACACUCAAAAACAUAUUUUAAAGUCUUUCCAAUUUAUUUU